CCACAGAUUGUCUAAUUAGAUUAAGCAAGGCUUUCCUCAGAUAAUCAUUUAGCCGGCUCCUGUGUUUUUUCCUGCAACGGGCUUCUGCUGGUGACGACGCGCUUCUUUGAAGGUCAAACUCAUACACUUGUCAUCCGGAUACUAUUUGGAGGAGACGGCGGCGGUCUACAGGUGUACCACAGGCACCGGGGGCGGCGGGUUAUGGGCUGUUUCUGGACGCGUGGGUGUCAGACUGCUCAGAGUGACCGGAACGCUGCUAAUACCUGCUGCUGCUGAGAGGAGGCGAUGGGGGAAGUUUCUACACUGUGUCCCAAUCAGUCUAUAUCUGCACCUGACGUCAAUCACUGAGUCUGCGUUUGUCCUGGAGGCCGCCGUGUAGUGACCUAGAGGAAGACAUGGCCAACAACUCUUUUCGUGGUUCCAAGCAUGGCCGCCGGGCCGAGGCAAACCACGAGCCAGAGUUCAGCUGCUCUCUGACGGAGCUGCGGGCCUUGAUGGAGCUGAGAGGGCCCGAGGCCCAGACCAAGAUCCAGGAGUGUUACGGUGACGUGAACGGACUUUGUUCAAGACUAAGAACGUCUCCAACGGACGGUUUGGAUGGAACGUUAGACGACCUUACCAGGAGAAGGCUGGAGUUUGGCCAGAAUGUGAUCCCGCCAAAAAGACCUAAAACCUUCCUACAGUUAGUGUGGGAGGCGCUGCAGGACAUCACGCUCAUCAUCCUGGAAGUGGCCGCCAUCAUUUCUCUAGGGCUUUCUUUCUACAGGCCACCAGAUGCUGACAGGCAGAAUUGCGGUCGAGCUGCCCGGGGAGUGCAGGACGACAGUGAGUCUGAGGCCGGAUGGAUAGAGGGAGCCGCCAUCCUGCUGUCAGUGGUCUGUGUUGUUCUGGUAACUGCCUUUAAUGACUGGAGCAAAGAGAAGCAGUUCCGUGGCCUCCAGAGUCGCAUCGAGCAGGAGCAGAAGUUCACCGUAGUGAGAGGCGGUCAGGUGACCCAAAUCAAAGUUUCGGAGAUGGUUGUUGGAGAUAUAGCCCAAGUCAAAUAUGGCGACCUCCUUCCUGCUGAUGGGAUCCUAAUUCAGGGAAACGACCUGAAGAUAGAUGAGAGUUCUCUGACCGGGGAGUCAGAUCAUGUCAAGAAGAACCUGGACAAAGAUCCCAUGUUGCUUUCAGGGACGCAUGUGAUGGAGGGCUCAGGGAAGAUGCUGGUCACUGCAGUGGGUUUGAACUCUCAGACUGGAAUCAUCUUCUCGCUACUUGGCGCCAGUGAAGAAGGAGAAGGUGAUGAGGACAAGGCAGAAAAGGACAAGAAGAAGAAAGAGAAAGAAAAGAAGAAAGAAGAGAGGAAAAAGAAAGAGAAGAAGGACAAGAAAAGCAAGUGUAAAAAGGAUGACAAAGAAAAGAAAGGCACGAAAAAGGAUGGGGGUCCUUUGGAAAUGCAGCCACUCAAUGAGGGUGGAGAGCCUGAGAAGAAAGCCAACAUGCGUAAAAAAGAAAAGUCCGUACUGCAGGGGAAACUCACCAAGCUCGCCGUACAAAUUGGAAAAGCAGGUCUGUUCAUGUCUGCUCUCACCGUCCUCAUCCUCAUCACACGGUUCUUGAUCGACACCUUCUGGAUUCAGGCAGUCGUCUGGACCAAUGAGUGUCUUCCCAUCUAUAUCCAGUUCCUGGUCAAUUUCUUCAUCAUUGGUGUCACUGUGCUGGUAGUGGCUGUGCCUGAAGGCCUCCCACUGGCCGUCACUAUCUCUCUGGCCUAUUCAGUCAAGAAAAUGAUGAAGGACAACAACCUUGUCCGUCAUCUGGACGCAUGUGAGACGAUGGGCAACGCUACAGCCAUCUGCUCUGACAAGACUGGAACCCUGACGAUGAACCGCAUGACGGUGGUGCAGACCUACAUUGCUGGACGCUACCACAAAAGAGUCCCAGAGGCAGACCAGAUUCCUGCCAAGAUCAUGGACCUGCUCAUCCGAGGGAUAGGAGUCAACUGCGCCUACACCACGAAGAUCAUGCCUCCAGAGAAAGAGGGCGGGCUUCCUCGCCAGGUCGGAAACAAGACAGAAUGUGCCUUACUUGGACUCACCCUGGAGCUGAGACGGGAUUACCAGACCAUCAGAAAUGAAAUUCCAGAGGAGAGUCUCUUCAAAGUGUACACCUUCAAUUCUGUCAGGAAGUCAAUGAGCACCGUGCUGAGGAACCCAGAUGGCAGCUAUUGCAUGUUCACUAAGGGAGCCUCCGAGAUUCUGCUGAGGAAGUGCUGCAAGAUCCUCACUGGCAGCGGCGAGGCCAAAGCCUUCAGACCUAGAGACAGAGAUGAGCUGGUGAAGAAGGUGAUAGAGCCGAUGGCCUCGGAGGGUCUGAGAACAAUCUGCCUUGCCUACAGGGACUUUCCCAAUAACGAAGAGCCUGACUGGGAUAAUGAGACCCUCAUUCUGACGGGUCUAACCUGCAUUGCAGUGGUUGGCAUUGAAGAUCCAGUUCGACCUGAGGUGCCGGAAGCUAUUCGGAAGUGCCAGCGUGCAGGAAUCACCGUUCGCAUGGUGACAGGAGACAACAUCAACACAGCCAGAGCCAUCGCCACCAAAUGUGGAAUCCUGCACCCUGGAGACGACUUUUUGUGUUUGGAAGGCAAAGAGUUCAACCGACGAAUCCGAAACCAGCUGGGAGAGAUUGAGCAGGAACGCAUUGACAAGAUAUGGCCGAAGUUGCGAGUCCUUGCGAGGUCCUCACCGACCGACAAACACACGCUUGUUAAAGGGAUCAUCGACAGCACGGUGCUGGAGCAGAGGCAGGUCGUCGCUGUCACGGGAGAUGGUACCAAUGACGGACCCGCCCUGAAGAAAGCAGAUGUUGGCUUUGCCAUGGGCAUUGCAGGAACAGACGUGGCAAAAGAGGCCUCUGACAUCAUCUUGACAGACGAUAACUUCACCAGCAUAGUGAAGGCUGUCAUGUGGGGCAGAAAUGUUUACGACAGCAUCUCCAAGUUCCUACAGUUCCAGCUGACGGUGAACGUGGUUGCUGUAAUUGUUGCGUUCACCGGAGCGUGCAUCACUCAGGACUCUCCUCUCAAAGCGGUGCAGAUGUUGUGGGUCAACCUCAUCAUGGACACGUUUGCAUCUUUGGCACUUGCGACUGAGCCACCCACCGAAUCACUGCUGCUCAGGAACCCGUAUGGACGAAACAAACCGCUCAUCUCACGCACCAUGAUGAAGAACAUCCUGGGACACGCCGUCUACCAGCUGACUAUCAUCUUCACUUUGCUGUUUGUGGGUGAGAAGAUUUUCGACAUUGACUGCGGCAGGAACGCCCCACUCCAUUCUCCUCCCUCGGAACAUUACACCAUCGUGUUCAACACCUUUGUGCUGAUGCAGCUGUUCAAUGAGUUAAAUGCUCGUAAGAUCCACGGCGAGAGAAACGUCUUCGAGGGAAUGUUCAACAACCCCAUCUUUUGCUCCAUCGUCUUGGGAACCUUUGUCAUCCAGAUUCUCAUCGUACAGUUUGGAGGCAAACCCUUCAGCUGCGUGAGUUUGAACAUCGAGCAGUGGCUGUGGUGCGUCCUAAUGGGAAUGGGAAGCCUCUUGUGGGGACAGCUUGUGUCCAGUAUUCCCACCAGCUGGCUGAAGUUCUUAAAGACAGCAGGUCACGGAACCAAGCAAGAGGAGAUCCCCGAGGAGGAACUGGAGGAGAUGAAGGACCUGGAUGAGAUUGACCACGCUGAGAUGGAACUGAGGAGGGGACAGGUUCUCUGGUGCCGCGGACUCAACCGAAUCCAGACUCAGAUCCGUGUGGUGAAUGCCUUCAGGGACAGUGUCUCACCCUACCCAGGUCUGGAGACACCAGAGUCGCGCAGCUCCAUUCACAACUUUAUGACGCAUCCUGAAUUUCGCAUUGAGGACUCAGAGACCCAGAUCCCUCUGAUAGAUGAGGUGGAGGGCGAAGAUGAAGCCCCCACCAAACGAAACUCCAUCAUCAUCCCUUCUCCUCUGAAUGCAUUGCCACCACUGCAGUCCGUACCUGCCCUGAACAACUUAGACCGCGUGAAUAAAGAUGCAUCCCGACCCAGUUUGGUUCCUCCCAACUCUGCAAGUUUACCCGCAUGUCCGGGAAGCCCUCUGCACAGCCUGGAAACCUCACUCUGAUGCCCCCCACCCUGUGUGGAUGUGAAGCCAGCCUGGAAGGCUGCUUUAAAGAGAACCAAAGACUAUUUUAAAUCUGAACUGAUGGGUUCUUUUCCGACCCAACAACGAUAUCAACUUAAGUGAAUCUUUUCUGCCACGCUUCUCGAUAGAUAUGAACUUUUGAAUUUGUAGAGUAGGGUUUGUCUAUCUCUGUGUGUAACGACUGUUUCUGACCUGUAAAUAUUCACUUUGAUGUUUGGACGUUAGUCAAAAAUGGUGAUGUGUCUUUUUCUGUUCAGUUUAUCAUGUUACAAAUCAGAUCAGUAAGUCAAGUGAGUGUGUCUGUGUUUGUGGAAAGAAUGUGCUUAGUGUUAUUUAUUAUAGGGUUUUGUAAGGAAACGUACGUUUUAAUUUCCUGUUGUUUAAAAGGGAGAUGGGAACAAACUGUUCAAUGUAAAUAUUGAAAUUGUUUUUUUUUUCCUGCAGCUUCUAAUAAAAAUAAAAUUGUUAUAUAUGUUA